AUGUUUCUUACGUAUAUCCGCACAACGUCGCCUUCCGACUACCCAUCAUUGCCCAACACCAGCCGAUCCAAGAAGAGCCAUCGCACGUUAUCACUUCCUAAGUACAAUGCGUUUCAAGAGUUGUCCACAAAACACGACUGCCCUAUAAAACCCGUGAAUGAAUUUAGCAAAGAUUUCGGAGAGCAUAUAUUAUGCAGACUCAGACGGAGUGGAAGGAAGGGCGUUUUGAAUUAUAUCGUGCCCAAAGCACAAACGAAUAACGAUAAUGAUAAUGAUAAUAACACCGAGGAGAAAUAUCUAACCUGGCUUCCACAUAGCAAUUUUGAAAAUCAACACACAGCACUCGAGAAUGCUCUUCUCCUGGCUCAUUAUACCAACCGCACCCUUAUCAUCCCACCUAUAAUUCUUGGGCGAUCAAACUCCUGGCGCGUUUUCUCCAAGUUGUACAAUAGCACUAUUCAUACUCACAAGAACAACAACCUCCACUGCGCGUUCUAUGUUGGCGAUCAUUUGUCUGCAGUACCCGAUUCGUGCAAACAGAUGAACGAUUGGACUUUGGUCGAAUGGAACAACCUAUAUGGUAGAUUGAUGUCUUUUAUGAAAGAACAACGUAUCAGAUCAGUAUUUACUAGAAACGUAUCGGUAGAAUGGAUAAUGGAGAAUACGGGAGCAAAGGCGGAAGACCUGCAUUACCUUAAAGACGCCGUUCAGUACGGAGCAAAAAUUUAUGAUGACAACAGGUCGAAAACACCGUUGGGCAGAUUCGUCGCCAAGUUGGAUUUGGACAAUUUCAAACAGGUUCCUCAUAAAGUGGUCUACUUUGAGAGCUUGGCUGGUGCGGGCAGAGUGCUUCACGAACUUGCCGACAAUAAUGAUUGGUAUCAGAAAAUGAAAUCCGAACUCGUCUUUACAUACCCAGGGAUUCUCUCUACUGCAGAUCGCAUAAUUUCAAAACUCGGGAAUUCCAACAAGUAUCUCGGCGUCCAUGUCCGAUUGAGUGACAGCUAUUUCCGCGGAGAGCACGAUAACACGGUACACUCUAUAAUAACGUCGAUCGAAUCGUUGUCUAAUUUACAGACGUUUACUGCUCGGCCUUUUGAAGUUGUCAAACCAACCGGCGAAGAGUAUGCAGAGAAAUGCGCCAACAAGAUGAUAUACAUGGCAACAGAGAUGAAACAGUCACGAACCGUUGAAGUAUUCAGAGAACUAUACGAGAGAUUCGACUGCGUACGAACGCUAAGUGAUUUCGAAGACGAGCUGUCCAACUUGGACUUUAUCAGAAAUAGAGACUUUGAUGAGAUUCCGAUGAAGAGCUUUUUGAUUCCGAUGAUUGAUAUGGUUGUUGCCGCACGUGGAAGGGCGUUUGUUGGAACACCUGCUAGCAGCUUUAGCGAGCAUGCGAGAAGACUACAUGGAGUGUUUUGGAAAUGGGAUCUUGAGAACGAAUGGAAUGCAUAUGUUGAUAGUGAUAAUAAAACGAUAAAGAGUUAUAUUAGCAAUGUUGGUAUUAACGAUGCGAGUGAGAAUAGCGCAGACAUAACUCACAUGAAUAACUUCAAGAGCAAGGGAAUUUUGCCCCUAAACUCACGUUCAUUUUAUCACCAUGGGACACGUCGACGUCGUUCUGUUUCACACAUAUUCCUGGUUUCAAUUUCUCUUACGGUGAUAUAUGUCUUUAUCUACGACAUAUUACAUUUCGAUACCGUCGAACAAGUCCACAACAACAUUAAGGGCGAUAAUAGAUUUGAUAGUGGUAGCGUUAGGCCUAUCAAAAUUCCAGAUGAUCAAAAGAAGUUCAGUCUGACGUGGCCGUUUCAUAAGACACGCGACAUUAUUCCCAUAGACCCUGAAUACGGUAUCAAAUUGGCAUCACGAAUAAAAGUGAUCAAUGGAGAAUCUAUAUAUCAGGUACCGUCAGGACCGUCUGAACCCGGAGAGAAGUACCUUACAUACUUGCCACAUAGUCAGUUCAACAAUCAACGCAUAUCUCUAGAGAAUGCUCUUAUGCUUGCAUAUUACACAAACAGAACAUUGAUCUUACCUCCACUAAUUCUUGGCGAACACAGAGUAGCUUGGCUCCCAUUCCGGCAACUAUACGAUUCACUACAAACACUCAACAAAUCGCGUUCCCGCGAAAAUUGUGUCGACUGGCGCAACCGUAAUAUAUGCGACUACUGGGACAGUUGGAGUCUAGUCGGAUGGGACAAAAUAUUUGGAAACAUUGUGCGAUUUGUAAAGAAAGAGGGUCUGAGAAUAGAAUGGUCGAAUAACUUUUCGUUAGGCAGGCUGAAAUCAAAGUACAAUCUGACAAAUGGCGAUAUACAUUACCUGCGCGAUUCCGUAAGGUACGGUGCAAAGAUAUACGAUGACCCGCAGAGCAAAACUCCACUCGGCGCAUACCAGGCCAGGCUAUCUCUUGAGGCAUUACAGGCUAUCCCGCAGAAACUCGUCUAUUUUGAAACACUUUACGGUAUCGGUCGGGUACUGUUUGAACUACCAGAACAUUACGCAUUCAACAAACGAAUGGUUCGCGAGCUAGUAUACACAUACCCCGGAAUAAUAUCCAUAGCCGAAAAGAUAAUUUCAUUGCUCGGUGGCAAGGGUGCUUAUGUUGGAGUGCACAUUCGCGGUGAUGCUUACUUCCGCAAGGCAAUAGAACGUACCAUAGAAUCAUUAACCACGCAAAUAGAAGAAUUGCAAGUUUCCCCCAAGCAGCAUGUCGAACACCUAUCUUUCGGCACCCACGAAUAUUGCCUUCACAAUCUCGCUUCCAUUCCCAUAUACAUUGCAACAGAUAUGCGCCGGCCGCGUACGGACGCGAUUUCAAAGCGAUUAUUUGAAAUGUUUCCUUGUGCGCUGACAAUGUCUGAUUUCGAACCGCUCAUGGAUGAAUUAACCGCGUUUGUCAACGAGGCCGACGGCUUGCCGAUGAAACGGUUUUUGCUUCCCAUGAUUGAUAUGAUGGUUGCCGCUCAGGGAAAGGCUUUCUUUGGAACGCCGUUAAGUACAUUCAGUAAAUUUGCAAGAAGGUUACAUUCGUUGUAUGUUGAGAAUGACGAGGAUGUGUGA